CUUAUACAGGUGUCAUGCCCUAGUUAGCCCAAGAAUUUCCAAAAUGACGAAAACUUGCCCACGAAUUAAGGUACGGUAACCAAAAAAAAAAUGUACCUUUUACAUAACUACCGUUUUGUUUACGGUACUCGUAACUUACAAUACAAAGAUUUCGCGAAUACUACUAAUAGUUAGGCCUACUUCACAACACCCGUGCUAUAAUGUAAUGAUUUCAGGUUCAAGGACAGCUAUUUCUUGUCACGGUUUGUUAAGACUCAUUCUUCCGCAAAUGUUAAAAAUUGCACAUCUUCGACCCAGUUUUAUCGAGAUCAUCCUUACAGCUGACUUUGCAUCGUCAAAGCUGAAAAUACAUUUAUAUAUGGUAGUGGUAGCUUAAUAAUAUAAAAAUGUGUGCUGAAUUAUGGGUUGUAUUUCGAUUUGAAAGGAAUUGUUUUAUAUAAAUCUUGCAUAAUGGUAUGGGAAGCUGAUGACAUAAGUAAUGGGGAGGGGGGUGCCAUAUAAGACGUCGCAUAAGUAAUGGGGGAUGCCAUAUAAGACGUCAUGCAUCCAGUAGGAAGGCGUUCACAUAAUGUGUAUGACGAUUUGUGGUUAGGGUUUUACUUUGUGCACAACAAAAACAAAAAAAAAGAGGGGAGAGAAUCGGUGACGGAAAAUGUUAUAUAACUGGUAUAGGGAAGGGAAGUAAUGUCAUCGACUUGAAGGUCUUUAACUUUAAACUAGGUGUUUGAAAUUUAAUGGAGGCCAAAACAUACACGUCCGGAACCCACACAAAAACUUGCCUACCAAUAGACAAACUUUAAUUUGUUGUCUUUCGUUUUUAAACUGUGCCUGUUUUAUCAAUGUAAACGUUAUAUCAUUGUAAUUUUAAAGAAAUAAGUAGGCUUUAAGAAAUCUUUGCUAUCAUUAAGUUUUUUCUUAUUCCUUAGAGAGGAAAAAAAAUUAAUGAAAGUUAAAAUACUCACAUGGUGAUGAGAUGGCCAUGAAACGAAUUUCAAAGGUAGGUUGAUCAAAUAUUACCCUAAUUAAUUGUCUUCAGUUGUUAACACAAACAUCAUCAAUCAACUGUUAACAUGAAUAACUCUGUGAUAACUAAACAAGUCGGCCAACUUUUGACUUUGCCCCCCCCCUCCUUCCCCUGUGGAUUAAAAAUAGAUUUCCGCCCUUCCUAGUCAAUUCAAGAUUAGAACAUUUAUCCCCCAAAAAUAACAUUUAGUUAAUUACAAUUGUAAAGCCAAUUAAAGUGUAUUGAUUAUUGAAAAGUAGUGAAGAACUAUUAUGCCUCACCUAUCCCGUCUGUGGCAGGAGUUGGCAGCUUUUAAAGAAGAACCACCGACGACAUGCACAGUUGGGCCCGCAGGUGAAGACGUGCACCACUGGCUAGCGACCCUCAUGGGGCCCGAAGACAGCCCUUACGCCGGGGGCUGUUUCAAACUCGACGUCCACUUCCCGACAGAUUAUCCCUUCAAGCCGCCCAAGGUGACGUUCGCCACGCGGAUCUACCACCCCAACAUUGACGCCGGCGGGAACAUAUCGCUGGAUGUGCUCAGAGAUCACUGGUCACCGGGUCUCAACAUCUCGAAGAUUUUGUCAUCCAUCUACUGGCUACUAAUGGAACCCAACGCUGACGACAACCUAGUCCCAGAAAUAGCUCACCUCUAUAAAACAGACUUUGCGAGGUACGCUGAAACCGCACGAGAGUGGACCCAGCGCUUUGCAAUGUGAUGUUUGCUAUGGCCCCGUUCUACCAGAACACAGUUUGAUUAAAAGCCUUUGAGCGUUGUAAGACUUCAUUAUUCCAUCCUUGUUUGUAAUAUAGUUUUGGGAGGUGACGCAAGAUAAUAUAAAUGAGUCCUUCUAAUCUUAUUUUUCUCGUUAACCAUCAAAUAAUUAUUAUUGAUCUGAAAGAAAUUAUUAUAAUUGAUUAAUGUCUUCUUCAAUUGUGCGAAUAAAUAAGAUUAUUAACGCC